AUGAGUAAGCUAAAGCUCCCGUAUUAUGGAGUAUCUGAGACAACGAAGGUGACACACAAAACGUCUGGUAAAGUGAUGGUGCUCAAGAUGAAUCAGCAGCGGGCGAAUAGACCCAACAUGCUGCGGGAGGUGCAGCUCAUGAAUAAACUCAAACACCCUAACAUACUAGGAGCAAAAGAGGUAGAGGCCGCCCACCACCUGGUCUCUGUCUCUAUAGAAUUGAAAACGUUGGGCCUUAGCCCAGAAAAGACACAAAAUCACCAAUCUAACUCCGGCCUAAAGCACAGAAGCUUUUUAGAAUUUUCGCAGAUGCUUGGUGUUAUCGCAAUACCGAGUGAAGCAAUGAGUUGGCUCGCCAAAAACUUCACGUCCAUGGUCAAAUUCGUAGUCGAUCGUGUUUUGUUUUCAAUUUGUACCUCCCGAGCCGGUUCCUGGACCGCAUUGUUUUGGCUUACGUCAUCGGGACGAGAGGAAGGUGGAACGAGGGCAAAGCUUAUCACCGCUCUAUCAUUAUCCCUGUUAGACCAUAGAGCCAAUUGGUGGGUGUUAACAACUGCAGAUACAACAGGAACAAACAACUUAACGUACCUUCCGAGACAUGGAGGAGCUGGAGGUAAUAAAUUUUUGGUCACCAAUCCUACGAUCGGUCCUUGUGAAAAUUACUUUAUGCCGUAUCGCAGUUCAAACGCGCUACCUAUUGCGUCAUCGAGCUUUUCUUUUAAUGUUAGUCCAGAGCGAUUCACAUGCAAGUGGGACGAAAAACUAGUUCGCUCGCGUGUUUCCUACGUCUCACCGCAGCAAAAGCAUCAAGAGAUAAAUACACAAGGACGCUUUGUGUUUAAUUCUUAUUUAACAUCACUUCAACAAUUCAUGGGCGUAUGUGUCCACGAAGGUCAGCUGCACGCGCUCACGGAGUACAUGGAGGGGGGAUCUCUCGAGCAGCUGAUCCUCGGUCGGCCGUCUCAGCCGUUGCCGCAGCAGCUGAGGGUGUCGUUAGCCUCCGACGUAGCCGCCGGCAUGAAGUACCUGCACUCUCUCGGAGUCUUCCAUAGGGACCUUACUGCUAAGAAUGUAUUAUUAAGAAAAACUGGAGACGACGGCUACUCAGCGGUGGUAGCAGAUUUCGGGCUUGCCGCUAAAAUACCUCAUCCUGUUAACGGGUACCGGUUGCCGUCCGUGGGCUCGCCGUGGUGGAUGUCCCCGGAGUGCCUGCGGGGCCGCUGGUAUGACCACCGCUCCGACAUAUUCUCCUACGGGAUCAUACUCUGCCAACUUAUCGCCAGGGUUGAUGCCGAUCCGGACGUGCUACCUCGCACUGACAAUUUCGGCCUCAACUACAUGGCGUUCGUAGAACUCUGCGACGAAGACACUGUGCCAGGUCUCCUGAAACUGGCAUUCAAUUGCUGUAUCUUUGAACCUAAGGCGCGGCCGCUAUUCCCCGAGAUAGUGAGCAAGCUCGCUGAGAUCAAGGAAGGCAACGACGAGUCCAACUGGGGCUGUCACACGCCCAACAACAGCUAUGAAAGCGGUGAGGAGGCGGACUCGUCGGGGCCGCGUUCGUGUCCCGGAUUGUCCGCGUGGAGACGCGCUCGACCGCAACGAUCACUCCACCGCCGCUCGCUGUCGGAGCUGGAGUGGGUGAUGGAGUGCGGCGGCGUGGCGGGCGCGGGCGGGGGCGGGGGCGGGGGCGGGGGGCGCGGCGCGCGGCUGCGGCGGCUGGCGCACACGAUGGGGCUGCGCGACGCGCACGCCGCCGCGCCCGCCGCGCGCCGCCCGCUGCACACCUUCCGCGGCGUGCACAAGAUCCUCGAGCCGCCCGCCACCUGCCUCGACCUGCCCUCGCCGCACGACGACGACGACGAGCCCAGGUACAACCCUGUACACAAGCACACUAGUACACGCGCACUCGACCACGCCAACGCCAGUACACGUGCACUCAACAACGCCACACCAGUGCGCGUCCCUCCCGACUUCGCCGGCGGUGAGUCGGCGCGGCUCCCUCGAGCGGCCGCGGCGGCGCGCGUCGUGCGAGAGCGGGAUAUUCUCGGUCGCGAACGAGGACAUCGCCCCUCUCUGUCUGUGCGGCCGACGCGACGCCGCCUCCGAGCGGUCGCUCGACGAGCUCCGACUAAGGGUGUGCGCGGACUGCCUCGCCGAGUACGAGCGGCAGACGUACAAGCGCGCCUCCAGCGUCUACACGGACAGCUCGGAGGACGUCGCCUCGCUCGCCGGCUCCGACAGCCUCUACUGCGACGACAGGCUCCCCCGGCGAUCCGCUCAGAUAUCGAAAAUAGUAGAGUACUUCGAGAGGAAGGGGGGAGAGUUCGCGUGUGA